AUGUCGCACGCUCAAGACCCUUCCAUCGCCGACGACGAGCUGGCCACCACUGCCACCGCCGGAUACAAGGUAGGAGAGAAGAAGUCGCUCGCCGAAUACUCGCAGCUUGAUGCCGAGGAUGAGUCGCUGGCAAGGUGGAAGGCGAGCCUCGGCAUCGGCGCUUCCACUGGUGCUCCAGACCCCAACGCUCCCAAGCUCUCGCUUCACAGCCUCUCCCUCGUCUCAUCGACGGCCCCCGGCGGGAGUGUCUCGAUUAAUCUGCAGCAAUCGAAAGAGCAGCUGGCACAGUUCAAGCAGAACCCGCUCACCGUCAAGGAAGGCGUUGAGUACAGCGUCAAGAUCCGCUUUAGCGUGGGCAGUGAUAUUCUGUCCGGUCUCAAGUAUGUUCAGGUGGUCAAGCGAGCCGGUAUCAAGGUUGACAAGAUGGAAGAGAUGAUUGGAUCGUACGGCCCGCGCCCGGAGCCUUACGAAAAGACAUUUGCUUCGAGCGAGGCACCCAGCGGCAUGAUGGCUCGUGGCAACUACAGCGUGCGCAGCCGUGUAGUCGACGACGACAACAACGUCUUCGCCGACUGGGAGUGGGCUUUCAAGAUUGCCAAGGACUGGUAG